AUGGAAAACAGCAGAGGUGUUGCAGAUUCAAGACGUAAGAGAAGAGCUCUUGGUGCCAUCUUAACGAUGGCUAAGAAGAACUCGUUACCGGGCUGGAAAUCCGCGGCUAAUGUCGGUUAUGAAUUCAUGGAACGGUAUUAUUACGUGAUGCGUACAAUACCAGAGUACGCCAACGAAUUUUAUGAUGAAUACGGCGAGUUCCAAACGGUGUACGAAGACGGAUCGACCACCGUCGUCAAGACCCGGUUACAGGUAAAGCGUAUUUUGAUGCAGUUCAGGUUCCGGUCCGAUUAUAUAGUUAAAUCGAUUAUUUCGUUGCCCCGUGGGGGAUCGCCCGGCGGCCUGAUGGUUACCGUGAACGGCGUGCGGUUUACGCAAACUUUCGUCGUGGAGUACCGUCCAGAAAGGUUGUUGAGUUACGUCAUUGUGGCGUCUUUAACACAAUAUAUUUCUGAAGGACCCGCCACCUACCACCAGACUCCACUAACAACCUUCGCUAGUGAUGACAGCCAGGCUACUGGAUACAGUGGCGUUGAAAAAUGUGUCAACACGUCCAUCUUUAAAAAACGAGCUUAUUCGAUUUCCGAUAACAUUAAUUUAGAUUCCGACCACGCCGCAGAAGUCACAAAGGAAACAGUAAUAUCUUCUGAAAUUACGCCCAUUAAAGAACCCGAUACCACCUCUGCAAUCACGUCCAUCCCAGAAAAAACCGCUUCCGAGAAUAUAGAACCCAAACUCGACAUUGACAACAAGAAAGUUGUAAAAAAAAUAAUUAAUUUAGUUCUCUUUUCUGCUGCCUGUUGGGCUGCGUAUAAAUACUUGAAAAAAAUGCGCUCCAUCUGA